GGUUUAAUCUGCUGCAGACUUUGGACUCCAGGGACCUGAGCAUCGUCUCGGUGAGCGCCAACGGGCAGGUGGCGCCGUUCACUCUGGGCACCAAACACAGCUUCAAGGGGAUGCAGCUGGACAUCACGCUUCCCUCCGACGUCUCCAGAGGGCAGCAUGUGAUAGUGGAGGUGACCUAUGAGACGUCUCCAUCUGCGUCGGCUCUGCAGUGGCUCACACCUGCACAGACUGCUGGGAAAAAACAGCCUUACCUGUUCAGCCAGUGCCAG